AUGGAGGAGGCCAACUUUCUCACCAAAUACGUCGUCUGGGACUCCGAGGUCGUCGAGGCCUACGGCGGCUCGGACGGUGGCCCCUUGGUGGGCGUCAAGGUGAAGAACCUGGUCAGCGGCGAGGUGUCCGACAUCCAGGUGGCAGGGCUCUUCUCGGUGGACAGCUCGAGCUCGACUCCGAGGGCUACGUGGACACCAAGCUGGGCUCCACGCACACCAGUGGGGGUCUUCGCUGCCGGGGACGUUCAGGACAAGAAGUACCACCAGGCCAUUACUGCCGCUGGAUCAGAGCAAGAGCGACAGAGGCUAAAGAUGGUUUUGUCAUAG